AAACUUCCCCAAGCGGUCUUCUCAUCUCAAAAUUUGCCACGUGGCCACGCUCUCUUCUCCAUAAAUCUGAAGAAGAGGGUACACACAUUCUCACGUUUGGCCACGUGUCGUCUUCCAUCGAAACGAAAUGGACCAAGAUUUUGACCUCGAUGAAGGAGCUGGACAAUUCAAUCUCAAGACUACAUUAAUGAUGUUUACAUCAAAUGAUUCACAAAAUGAUGAUGGAAUAUGGUCUCCAGGCUCGCCAUAUCAAGCACUCGAAGACCCCUCAUUCUUGGAUAAACACUUUGUUUCCGAUCCAGAUCGGUAUACUGCUGACGAGCUCUACAGUGCCCUCGAAAAAAUGGACGGAAAGUCGGAUCUGAUUGGAAUGGACGAUAUGGACAAUGAUAAUUGUUACAGCCUCUCUCCACCAGAUUCAGGAUCUCUUCCAAUUUCCCCAGCAAGCACAUCUCCCUCAUCAUAUCACUCUUCCGGCGGUGAAGAUCUUAUGGAUUGCUAUCCAAGCAUUGAUAUUCUACAACAAGCAUCCGAAGAACUAUUAUAUUCAAAAGACGAUGACUAUGAAAUUUGCAGUAGCGGACCUCUUCUUGCCUACACAAAUGCCAAUUCGGUUGCCACGUCAGCAGUUCAUCAGAAUCAGCAACAACAACAAAGGAGACUGAACCAAGCAGGAUUCCCACAUCAGAACUCAAAUGGUCUUGUCAGAUUUAAAUCCAGCCAACCGAGAGUCCUCAAUCCCGCAAGCAUUUCUCUCAAUGCACCAUCUUCGUCAUUCAAUCCACAAUCAACGUCUUCAACUCCAGCCACAUCAUCUUCAUCAUCAUCAUCUACAAACGGUGGAUUCGUGAAAUCUAGCACUGGAGAACGUCGCAAGUAUCCACCACUUCGACUGGAUGAAGAAGAAAUCAAAUUGUGCAAGAAAGAAGGAAUAUGUCUACCAGACUUCUUCCCACUUACAAAAGCCGAGGAACGUGAUCUGAAACGUAUUCGACGAAAGAUUCGCAAUAAGCGUAGUGCACAGACAAGCCGCAAGAGGAAGCAGGAUUAUAUCGAGCAAUUGGAAGAUCGUGUCUCCGAGUCCACCAAAGAAAACCAGGCACUGAAACAACAGAUUGAGAGAUUAAGCAGCGAGAAUCAGUCAGUAAUAUCCCAACUCAAAAAACUUCAAGCUCAACUUGGACAAAAUGCAAAGAGAACUACUCAAGCAGGAAGAUGUCUUGCUGUGUUUAUGCUCUCUGCCUGUCUGCUAGUCUCUCCACAACUGAGUCCAUUGGGAAACCAGGACAAUCAGAAAGUAUUGGAAUGCAUUGAAGAAGCUUGUCAGCCAUCUGCAACUUCCAUGAACUCUGCGAAUUCAGCUCAACGAGCAAUCGCCGGCGUUACCGCCCCAUCCGUAGUCAUCCCAUCUGGUGGACCAGUAAUGGUUUCUACCAACGCCAAUCGCCAAAUGAAUCGGAAUGCUGUUCUCAAUCAUCACAACAAUAGCAAAUAUCCCGCAUCUGGAAAUCAAAACCAUCAUCCUAUAGCCCUCGAAGAUUUGAACCAUCCACCACCUACACUGCAACCAAAACAAUCAUACCAACAACAACAUCAACCAUCGAUGUAUCGUCGAAGUGACGAGACAAUUGCAAUGGCAAUGGCCAAGAUUGGAGCGCGGAAAGGCUCGUCGACAUCAUCAUCGUCGGCUUCUUCGGUUGCAUCGUCGACAUCGACAUCAUCUGCAACAUCUCCCAUCUACCGUACCUCGCGUACUUUGGGUGCAUUCGAAGAUCAAUGCGAUGCGUCGUCGGAUGAUUCGAACUGUGCAAAUAUGCCAUCACUGGUGCCAAUGAAGAUGUCAGCUCAGCCACCAAAAAGAAAGAUUGUUACGAUGAAUGGACAGCCAAGAGUCACUUAUAGAGCUGUUCCAGCUUCUUCUGUGAAUGUAGAGCAGGCACAAUAUUACAAGGUGCCACAACAAAAGGUGCAAUAUGUAACGAUGGAUAGACCAAUUAAAUAUGAAGUGUUGCAGUUGAACGACUAUAUCAAAAUGGAAGAAGAAUCAACAAUUCGUCUUCCAAACUCCUGGUCUACUGCUGGUCCACGCCUUCAUCCACAAGUUAAUGCGUCUUCCAGAACUGUUCGACCAUUGACUGUGGCCACUCCUGUUCAUUAUAAUGGACCAUCUGCUAAGAAAAUAAAGACCCAAAUGUUUUAAGCUUCUCAAAGCUACUCCCUUUCCAAUUUCUCGUUUUUUCUCGGUCGCUUCAAGACCCGGUAAUUCAACGUACGAUAGCUCCUCUUGUUCCAUUUUAUUUUUCAUUUCAUUAGAGUUGACCUCUGCCCCUACCUUUCCCAGUCCACACGCCCAUCAAAAACCAAAUGUAUUUAAUCUAAUCAAAAGUUUAUAUUAUUAUAUACAUAAUUUCUAGAUUAGUCUUUUUUUUUCAGUUUUCUUGCUGAUUUGAAAAUGUUAACCCCUAUAUUUCUAUUGCCUGCUUGUCACCUCCACCCUAAAAUAGUCGUCACCCCCAACCAUCUGAGAUAUUCCAAUAUAUGAGAAACUCUAAUCAUUCUCGUUAUUCCUGUCUUCCAUUUAAUUGGCGGAAAGUUGUUUUUUCUAAUUUUCCAUGUUUACCCGGGUUUUCAGUUCUUCCAUAUUUUCAACCCCUUUCCCCCAUUGUUGAGUUUUAUCCCUAUUUCUUGUUUUCAUUUCCUUUCUUUUUUCUCUCUGUUCACCAAAUUAAUCAAUCAGAAAUCAAUCACUUUCAAUUUGAGUCUCUUACUUUUUCUCCCAUUUCCCUUCCAAGUUCCGAAAAGUAUUGAUAAUAACUAUUUACAGUAGUUUUGUUCGAAAAUACAUCCUAUACAUUUCAUUAACCAAUCCUCAUGAAGUAACCAACACAUAUAUAAACUUUAUGGCUCUGGUAA